UUUUUUUUCAUUUUCACAAGUCUAUGAAUAAUGGCGGCAACUGUUGUUGAAGAGCGUGAUGUUCCGUCUUUGAAGAACCUAACCUCUAAUUUUGGAUCACCAAGUAAACCAAAUAAAUUUCUUCAGUCUCUUGGCAAACCACAUAUUGAGUCUUUCAAUUUUUUCCUGGACGUUGGACUGAAGAGGGCUGUAGAAAAUUUACUUCCUGUAGAAUUCCUGUUGCCCAACGGUGAUCGGGUCAGCUUAGUGCUUACAACUGCAGAACUUCAAUAUCCUCGUGUGCCCAAAGGCACAAUCGGUGCAAGGUCGCUGAGAAUCUUCCCUUCGGAAUGCAGGCAGCGUGCAGCCACGUACAAGGCCGCCUUCGUGGCGAAGAUCGCUUGCUCGCUGAAUGGCAGUCCCUUCCACGUGCUGGAGAGGGAACUGGGGCAGGUCCCCGUCAUGGUGAAGUCCCGCAGGUGUCACCUGGAGAGCCUGUCCCCGCGGGAGCUGGUGGAGAGGGGCGAACACCCGGACGAGUGGGGGGGGUACUUCAUAGUGCAGGGUCAUGAGCGGCUGAUCCGCAUGCUGCUCAUGACGCGCCGGAACUACCCCAUCACCGUCUGCCGCCCCACGUGGAAGGCCCGCGGGAAGUACUUCUCGGACCUGGGGGUGAUGGUGCGCUCCGUGUCUGCGGACGAGACCAGCACGAACAAUGUGUUGCAUUACGUGACCGAUGGAUCUGCCAAGUUGAUGUUCAGUUACAAACGGAUCCUUUACUAUGCACCGAUAAUGGUGAUUUUGAAGAGCCUAAUGGAUGUUUCUGAUGAGUACAUCUUCAAACAACUGACAGCUGGUGUUGAAGAUAAUCUUUACUACAAAGGGUGUGUGAUAGACAUGCUACAUGCCUUGCAUGAAGAAGGAUUCCACACUCACGAAGAUGUGAAAAUUUACAUUGGCAAAACAUUCCGGGUAAAAUUUACUGACCUGCCUCCUUGGGUCACAAAUACGCAAAUUUGUGAUCACAUAAUAAAGCACUGCCUGGCCAUCCACCUGAGCGACAACGCCGACAAGUUCCACCUGCUGGUGCUGAUGAUGAAGAAGCUGUUUGCGCUGGUGGCAGGCGAGUGCUGCGCGGAGGGCGUGGACGGGGUCAUGUCCCAGGAGCUGCUGAUGGGCGGCCACCUGUACCUGCAGGUGCUCAAGGAGAAGCUGCAGACGUGGCUGGCGUUCCUCCGCACGCUCCUGCUCAAGAAGGCCGGCGCCAACGCCGGCUACAAGCUCACCCAAGGAGACCUGGAACUGUUUGCGAGAAAGAUAUCAUCUUUGGAUACUUCCUUGGAACACUUCUUAUCCACUGGAAAUGUUUACAGUCAAUCAGGACUGGGACUGAUGCAAGACAAAGGGCUGACCAUCGUGCUGGAGAACAUAAAUCGCAUGCGGUACAUGUCGCACUUCAAGGCUGUCCACAGGGGUUCCUUCUUCCAAGAGAUGAGGACCACGGAAGUUCGACAGCUGUUGCCCGAUGCUUGGGGCUUCAUCUGCCCCGUGCACACUCCGGACGGCUCGCCGUGCGGCCUGCUGAACCACCUCACCAAGGACUGCCAGGUGACGGGCGUCCCAGACGCGGGGCUGGUGGCCGGCGUGGCGCUGGCGCUGGCGGGGCUGGGCAUGUCGCCCCUGGGAGCCGCCACGGGGCCCUCGCGCCCCCUGCGGGAGUGCUGCGCGGUGGUGCUGGACGGCCGGGUGCUGGGCCACGUGGCCCGCGCCGAGGCCGCCGGCGUCGCCGCCCGCCUGCGCCUGCUCAAGAUACAGGGCACCAAGGUGCCUUCGACACUGGAGAUCGCCCUGAUCCCGCCCGCGAAGGGGGGCCAGUACCCGGGGCUGUUCCUGUUCACGGGGCCGGCCAGGAUGAUGCGGCCGGUGCUGAACCUGGCCGCGCGGCAGGUGGAGCUGAUCGGCACGCUGGAGCAGGUGCACAUGGACAUCUGCAUCGUGCCGGAGGAGGCGUACCCACAGACGACCCACCAGGAGAUAUCCAGCAUCAGCUUCCUAAGCAACCUGGCCUGCCUCAUCCCGAUGCCCGACUGCAACCAGAGUCCCCGCAACAUGUACCAGUGUCAGAUGGGUAAGCAGACGAUGGGGACCCCAUGCCACACGUGGCAUCUCCAGACGGAGACGAAGAUGUACCGCUUGCAGACUCCUGCCUCCCCGUUCUUCAGGCCGACCCACUACGAUGCAGUCAGCCUGGACGACUACGCCAUGGGGACCAACGCCAUAGUGGCAGUCAUUUCAUACACUGGCUACGAUAUGGAAGAUGCAAUGAUAAUCAACAAAGCCUCCUUCGAGAGGGGCUUUGCUCAUGGCUCCAUCUAUAAGUCUGAAGUCAUUGACUUGAAAACUGCGACUUCGUAUUUUGGCGUGGACCCGAGUGAAAUAGGCACGUACCCAACUCUGGACCCUGACGGCCUUCCUCACCCCGGGACGAUUCUGGAGCAGGACUCUGUCUUCUACUCCUACUACCACGCCGACGAGGGCAAGUUCGUCACGUGCCGCUGGAAGAGCACGGAGACGGCCAUCGUGGACCACGUGAAGCUGUGCGGGUCCACUUCGCCGGUGCAGCCACCUCCGAGGGCCGUCAUCACCGUCCGAGUGCCUCGCAACCCGUCUGUCGGUGACAAGUUCGCCAGCCGGGCGGGGCAGAAGGGCAUCUGCAGCCUGCUGUGGCCGGCGGAGGAUCUGCCCUUCACGGAGACCGGCCUCCACCCGGACAUCAUCUUCAACCCCCACGGCUUCCCCUCCCGAAUGACGAUAGCCAUGAUCAUCGAGGUAAUGGCGGGGAAGUCUGCGGCAAUCCACGGUCUUGUCCACGAUGCAACACCGUUCAAGUUCUCUGAGAAGGACACUGCUGCAGAGUACUUUGGGAGAAUGCUUGAAGCAGGCGGGUACAACUACUACGGCACAGAGAAGAUGUACAGCGGCAUAGAAGGCUGCGAGAUGGAAGCAGCUAUUUUCUUUGGAGUGGUCCAUUACCAGCGACUGAGGCACAUGGUGUCUGAUAAGUGGCAGGUGCGCAGCACGGGUCCGGUGGACACCCUGACCCGCCAGCCGCUGAAGGGGCGGAGGAGAGGGGGCGGCGUGAGGUUCGGAGAGAUGGAGCGAGACGCCCUGCUGGCGCACGGGGCGUCCUUCCUGCUGCACGACAGGCUGUUCCACUGCUCCGACAAGAGCCGGACGCUGCUGUGCAGUGCGUGUGGCAGCCUGCUGAGCCCCGUCCAGCCGCCCCAGCCGCGCGGCCCCGAGGGGAGGAAGGCCCGGUGCCUGCUGUGCGGGGACCAGGGCAGCAUCGUCGAGGUGGAGAUCCCCUACAUCUUCCGCUACUUCGUGGCCCAGCUCGCCUCCGUCAACAUCAAGCUGAGGCUCGACGUGGGGGAGCUGCACCUGGGACACUGAGGGUGCCCUCGGCGGACCGCCGUCGCGAACAGUUACCACGGCUCCAGAUGACGUACUUGUAAAUACUUGUUUUUCCAUUGUGAACUCUCAGUGAAUCAUUGGUAUCAAUUUCAAAACCCUUAUUCGGCACCUGUAUUCUGCGAUCCUAUUGAAUUAUAUUGUACAGGAUGUCCAUAGAAAUCAGUAGAAUUAUUUCCAUAUUUCCCUAACUUUUUUUCUGAAAGUAAUAGAGACAAUCCUGCCUCACCCUCCGCCACCAGAACUUUGCACACGCCAUUUUACAGCGUGUACGACUGCCUUUGAACGCCAACUGGUGGGGUUGAGGGGGGGGGGGGGGGGUGCUUAAAGUCUGAGUGAAGUCGUACCGGGGCAUGACCAUUCCCUCCUCACACGACUAUCACUGACAAAUUUCCAUGACAAUUUUUCCAUAACUUUUUCAGGUUUUAAAGUAAAUUCCCCUUUUUUAAAUUUUGAAACUUAACUUACAGCUGUUGGUGUUUUGUUCUCCUAAUCCGAGACAUCUGUACCAUCAAUACUGACAAUUUUUGCAUUUUUAAACUUUUGAAGCUUUAAAGAUUCUUUGAAACUACUUAAAACUACAGCUCUAAGUGAAAAAAAAAAUUAUUGAAGUGAAACUUCUUUGGGUGCUGUGAGAGUAAAAUUUUUAUGAAAUGUUUCUGAUGCAAAGAGGACAGAAUAGGUACUUGACCAAAGCUGUAUAAAGCACUAUGCAAUUUAGUUGCUGGGCUCAUUUUCAUUCGCCUCUUGGUGAGAAUUCUUCCCCCACCCAAAAAAAAAUAAAGAAUGAAAGAGCACAUGCAUAAGCACUUGUUCUAGAAAAUAGAUUUAAAUAUCCUAUAGUCAGCUGUAAAAUGCCUUGAAUUUUUUUAUAGCUACCAGCACACUUCUGUUCCUCCAUGUUCAACCGGCAGUGUAGAGAGCACAUUGAAACAGUCCCUGCACUUCUUGUUAUGAAUUUAUUUUGUUCAGAGAUUUGGCAUGAUCUAAAUGGCAGAAUUGUUUGAUAAGUAACAUGUGCAGUUUUUUUAAUGUGUAAUUCAAUAAUGAUUAUUUAAUCAAUAUUGAUAAUCAUUAUUUAUCAAUAAUUUCUGAGGUCAUGAGCACUUAUUUUGGAGUAAUAAAUUUAAUUCAUGUUUAUUAGUUAAUUUUAAUCAAACUUCUAAUAAAGAAAGGUUGAUUCUUAAAUACUUGAAAACCUGAAAAUCCUGCACUGUCAAAUCUGGUUUCUAAUCAUUGUGUAAAAUGGCAUUUCAAUAUUGUAAGUAGUUUUAACAGUUUUUAUGAGUUAGACUAUAGUUUUUCGUAAUCACUCGGUUAGGUUAGCUACAUAUAAAAUAUUGUUAACAUGUGAAUGGUUGCUCAAGUAAGUUUCAUUUUUUUACCAUAAAAUGUAUUAACAAGAUAAGUGAAAAUAUCAAAGGAAAUAAAUUUUAAAAUUUAUUGA